AUGGAAGGAUAUAAGCAGCAGCAGCAAUCACCAAACCCUUUGGCACCUACAGUCAAUGGCUAUCCUCGAAGUGACACAGAAUCAGCAUCCCAUGAUGCACGAGAAUUACGCAAAAAGAAACGCAUGAAAUGCUUACUUUAUAUUGUUAUCUUUGCCGUUUUUCAAACUGGGAUCAUACUGCUUUUUGCCCUAACAGUAAUGAAAAUCAGAACUCCGAAGUUUCGCGUGCGUUCAGCAACGUUGAACAACUUUAACGCUGGAACACGAACGAACCCUUCGUUGAAUUUCACGAUGAAUGCGGAGUUUGGAGUGAAGAACGCGAAUUUCGGGCACUUUAAGUACCUGAACACCACUGUUUCUUUCUUCCACGGCAACGAUAUGGUUGGCAAGGUGGUGGUGCAGGGAGCGCGAGCCAAAGCACGGAAGACGAGGAAGUUUAAUGAGGUGGUGGAAUUGAGCUUUCCGGCGAACUCCCAGCUGGGAAAUGAUUUGGGUUCUGGUUUUGUGAACCUUACUAGCCAAUCAGAACUCAGGGGGAAGGUGGAGCUGAUGAAGGUGAUUAAGAAAAAUAAGUCUACUAAUAUGAAUUGUGCCAUGCAAAUUUCUAUUGCUACACAACAACUUCAGAAUAUUGUGUGCAAAUGA